AUGGCAAAUGUUGCCGCAUUCCGGUACUCUCUGGUAUGUUUAGCCGCAAUUCUAGUGGUUGUCUGGGUGACCACGCAGUCUUUCAAGAAAACGAUGGCCACGUACCUGAUCGGUGUGCUUGGAAUCGCUGGGGUGCUCCUACCCGAUUGGGCUUACUUCGAUCGUGAUUUCUCAAGGUGGACUUCUCCUGUUACUGCACAAGAAAGGGCCUCUCAUAUUGCUCUAAGAUCUGGAUCAACAAGGUUUAGGAUCUAUCCACUGAGAACAGCCAUCUACACGACAGUCUAUGGCUUAGCGCUGUACAAGUGGUGGAUAUUUGUAUCAAGCUAGUAGAAACCUUGGGGUUCGCAUGGACCAUGGUCCCAUCAUCAAUGCUUCCUUAUUUUGGUUUGUUCAAAUGUAUUCUUGGGUUUGCAAGAUUUCAUGUAGUACUAAAUAUGCAGCUAGUGAGUGUUAGUGUCAUUUUUUUUUUUCUCAUGAAUUUUGUCUUUACCACACAAUGGUGAGAACUGAUCAACAAUACUGGCCAAA